UUCUAUUCCCGUCACCAUAUUUAGUGCCUCCGAAGUUGGGCUUCUUUGCCUACCCCCUACUUUUUCGGCCCUUCCUCCUGUUUUAUUUCUUCCCUGAACUUCCCUUUCCCUCCUUGUUUGCUGAACUGUUCUCUGAAAACGUCUUAUCGCCGUCAAUUUGGACUCAAAGUGCGACUACGUCUAUAGUCGUGACCGAUUUUGAUCCCAUCUCCUCACUAUGAGUGCCGACGAAGAACAAGUGGCAAGCAGGCCUGCGGAGUCAAGGCCUGCCAAGGGGCGGGGCCAUUCCUCAAACCUUGUGCUUAAAAUGAUUAUGCAAGGAAAGGAUAUAGGAAGUAUCAUUGGCAAGGAGGGAUCAACUAUUAAACAGUUCAGACAAGAGAGCAAUGCCCAUAUAAAUAUCUCAGAUGGCUCAACUCCUGAGAGGAUAGUUUCUGUAACUGGAACAAAAGAUGCUGUUGUCACAGCAUUUGCACUGAUUGGACAAAAACUUGAAGAUGAGUUGAAAAGUAAUUCUAAGAGUAACACAACCCCACCUGUUACCCUACGCCUUAUUGUCCCAGGGAGUCAGUGUGGCUCCAUCAUUGGUAAAGGGGGAGCUAAAAUCAAGGAGAUUAGAGAGGUGUCUGGGGCAUCUGUAGUGGUUGCUGGUGAAUUUCUUCCUGGAUCAUCUGAACGAGCAGUUACACUUUCUGGAACACCUGAGGCUCUAGAGACCUGUAUUGACCUCCUCUGUGGGGUUAUGAUAGAAUUCCCCCCAAGAGGACACCCAAUGCCGUACACACCACAUAAGCUUCAGCAACAGUUUGGAUUCUAUGGGCCACCUCAGGGAUUUGGAUACCCUGGCCCAUAUGGAAUGCCCCAUGCAUUCCCAAAUGGCUUUAUGGCUGGUAGAGGUCCAUAUGGUGGUGGAAGGAAAGGCAAAGGGCCACCGCCCCCACAGCCUGGCCCGAUCACAUCACACACGAUGACAAUACUUAAAGGGGCUGUUGGGAGUAUCAUCGGCCAAAAAGGGAGCUAUAUCACUGGCAUAAGGCAAAUGUCUGGUGCGAGCAUCAAAAUCGGAGAUAGUGAGAAUGGAGAUGACAAGCGAGAAGUGCUGAUCACAGGAACAGCAGAGGCCGUAGGCUUGGCACAGUUCCUUAUCAAUGCACGGUUGAGACAAGACGGUAAGUCACCAGUCGUGACCGACAAAGACAAGCCACACAACGCGGAGAAUGGCGACGACGAAUGAGCAACGGGCGUGCCCCAAAAUGCACCCUUUUCUUAAUGAUUUGCAAUGUGUUAUACUUUUUAGGUGUUUAUUAAAAUAUUAGAGACUAUAGCCCAAGACCAAGUCUUGUAAAAUCUAGGAAUGAAAUGUAGAUAAAUUGUGGGAAAUAUAUGCUGUGAAGAGCUA